AUGCAGACAGAGACAGGUCUUUCCCAGGCUUUGCAGCACUCUUGGGAGGUCUCAGAGAGCUAUGACUGGAAACAGGAGACGACUGGCAACUAUCACGUGGAGGGCAGGCUGAUGGUCGGACCCUACAGGGACAUCCGGGAGAAACUGGACUUCGACCACCACGGCUGCUAUAACGUGAGGCGCCAGCAGCUCCAAGAUGAGAUCAUCAGCAAAUUUGUUGGAAGCGGUAAGCGAAACCCAUACCCGUGGAUAGUCUUCACAGCUGGGUCUUUCUUCGCCGGGAAAUCACGGGUGGCGUCUUGGAUGCUUGAACAGGGCUACCUACCCUUCGAUGAUGUGGUGCGAACAGAUCCAGAUCUCAUAAGAACAGAGCUCCCCGAGUGGUCAGGCUAUCUCUCCCGAGACGGCCCGGAAGCUGCCGCUAUGACACAGAGGGAAGCAGGGACCUGUGCUCUUAUUGCACAGUGGGAAGCCAUGCGUCAAGGUCGACAUAUACUGGUGGAUGGCUCCUUGCGGAAUGUCAGCCGCCAGCAGUCGUUUUUUGCAGAGAUUCGUGAAGCCUAUCCCGAAUACCGAAUUGCAAUCAUUCAUGUCUUUGCAAGUUGGGAUGCGCUGCAGAAGAGGUCGACGGUUGCACGCGAGGGCGGACGUGUCACCAGCCCAAAGGCUUUGCGCACGUCCUUCGACGCCGUGAAAAGCUCCGUGUCUGAACUUGAAUCACUUGCUGAUUUGACCAUGCACAUCAACAACGAUGGCUUCCCACCACAGCUGCUGUACAUGACCUUCGGGCAGAAGUGCAGGAAGGUUCGGAAGUGGAACGAAGUUCGCACUGCUUUCCUGCAGAUUCCGGGACUCAAGGUACCUUCCUUGCGCUCGUUGUUGCUGCUUAUCAUGAUCUCUGGACUCGCAUGCCUUUUGCUUCCCUGGGACCAUCGCCUUGGCAGCUGA